GCCUUCGCUGCACGCUGGUGGAGCUGCUGCACUUCUCCGUCUCAUGCACGGCGCGCACUGCUUGCCACAGCACUACGACGACACCUGCAGCAGCCCGUCUUAAAGACCUGCCACGGCCCUUUGACCUUCACUCCUCCUCUCAGGAACGCUGCCACUCUCCACCACCGCCUUCGUCUGCUUACCAGCGCCGGCCGCCGAUUUGUCCGACGCGCGAUGCUGGCUGUCCCCGCAUGACCCAACGCUGGCAUGCGCAGCAUGGAGAGAGGAGCGUCGCCGACGCCUUCCAGCUGCCACAGCUCACAGGACCUCGGGCGCUAUCGAAAAUCAUCCUCAACAGCCUCCUAUCGAUUGUUCCCCCAAGUCGAGCCGACUCCGCCCGCCUCUCCCGUCCAUCCCGCUCACCUGCAAAGGGCGGGCUUGCACAAAGCUUUCUCCUACCGACGCCGUCGAUCAUCAUCUCUCGAUAAUGCCUCCAGAGACUCGGCCUGCUCCUCCACCACCACAGGCACCCAGUCUGUGCCCACGCCUCCGCCGACACUCUCGACGAGGGACUGCCGGAAGGUCAGUUUGCCGGAGAUCCGACCUUUGCAAACAGUUGUCGAGCUGGACAGCGCUGCCGCCGAGCCUUCACCCCAACUUUUCGAUAGUGCUGCCGUCCGUGCACACGACCUGAGGGACGACCACGUCCACAUUCGUCCUGCUAGUGCUCAAGGGGGAUCCUUAACUGCGCGCUCUUCUGAACGUGCGCCAAUUAUUGGCAACGCACGUCAUGAAGAUCGAGGAAUAGCUCAUCCUGCUCGCGAAGCAUCCCAUUCUCAAGCUGCUGCGCUGGGAGGCUUUCACUUGCAAACACCAGCCAGCACCAUCAAACCAAAGCGCUCCAAGCCCAAUCUCCGCAUCAAGGUCGUGGGAAAGAAGCCUGACGACGCCUCGCCUUCGCCACCUGUCAGAGCACUUGCGCAAGCACGCGACGAGCCGGAUCAACCCGAGGUGUUACUUGGAACCACAGGCUCAGGUCCUGAUUCAGCGCGACUCGCGAGUCGACCGACGACAUCUGCGUCGCACCAACAGUCAUUGGGAGACUCACGGCCUAGUGUGACGGCGCACGAACUGACGAACGCACCCAAGGCCGCUACCGGCCGCCAUUCACGGAAACUCUGGCCCAGGACCCUCUCCAAAGAAGGGCUUUCGUCGCAUGCUCCGCAACCGCAUCGCGCGGAAUGCGAUUCUUCAGAUCGUCCAGUCCGCCCAAGCACAGCGGGAGCUCCAAGCAGGUCACCUCCUCCGGCUCCAGGGCCUAUGCCCGCGGGUUUGGUGGGGAAAUCAGCUAUGCACCGUCCGUCUGACGCGACGCAGUCUAACAGACAGAGUCGUCUUCCAGCAAGACUCAGAUCGUUCAGGAGCGUGGAGCAACUCACAAGCGGAGAUGGCCCAGCAAUGUCAGCCACCUUUGGAAACACCGCCGUUGCUCCUGGUCACACGACGGCUGCCGCACAACGAGUUGCGAGUCCCACUCUAGAUGUCGGCCGAUUCCCUGAACGGAUAUCUUCAAUGGACUACCGUGGGCAUAAUGGUAACCACACUGUAUCACACCAGCAGGAAGCUCAUGGAGAUGUCCAAAAUGCGUCGCGAUCCUCGUUGAUGAGGCCAGAAGCAAGCACUGCGCUUGCAAUUGCCAGAGCCAAUGUUGCUGCCUUGCGAAAGUCAAUCAUGGAAAGUCCUGGACUCUUCUCAGGAAGCCAAAGCCAACCGGCAGCUUCAGACUCCGGAUCGCUUUCUCGUUCCUUCACGCCCGACGCGCUAUCACGAUUGGCUCCUUCAGACGAUAACGAUCCCGUAACAAUACUGAAAGACAUGACUCAACAAUGCGAUGCGCUGCAUGCACGCUACGCCAGUUUGCGAGCUGAGCGCCAAAAGUUAUCCAGUGGGAUCAUAGAGAAGAUGCAACAAGCCACGAACCAAGAAGCGAUGAGCGCCCUUCUCAAUGAGCAACUGUCGCUCGCUGCCAUCAGUUCGUCAAUGGACAUAUGCUUCGCGAAGCUAAAGUCGCUGGAGUGCCGGAAAGAGGACGCCAUCGCUGCGCUCAUUGCACAAACUACGGAAGCUAGGAAAUCGCCGUCGGACAACAUUGCUGCAAUUAUCGCAUCAAUGUCUCCCGGAUCCCGCAAAUCCUCGCUCACUCGCUCGGCUGAGACUGACAGUCGAUAUGCGUACAGCUCCCGCUCGUCGCCGGAGCCCAGAGACCGUGACUCCCACACAUCUACUCAGUCAACGCUGCCAACUACUGUCUCGGCAAGUAGUGAAACAGCGAGUAUGGAGUACAGGCUAUCGUUCACCCCUUCCUUGCGCUUCGACGCCGCAUUGCAGUUAGAUUUUCUUGCCCCGGAAACCAUCCCAGAAGCUGUGGAAAGCCCAGUGGCGCGCACGGUUGAACAGCAAGCCACCGUGAGGCCUCGCGACCAAGCCAGUGAUGGCAUGAUCCUGUCGCCCACUCGAUUCGUCAGACCGCAAGCCUCUAGCAGCCCACAGGUUGGCGCGCAAGAGGACUCGUCGAAGCUCGAUGUGGACGAAGAGCAGUCUGAGGCGAUCUCACAAGACGACGACGACGAUGACUCCGACGAUAGCUCUUUCAAGCAUUCAGAGCGGGUGCCUGGCUCGAAAGCAGCGAAAUUUCUCGGAUUGCUGAACAAGGAUGGCAAACCCUCUCCAGCAGUGCCGAUGCCUCGUGAGCUUGCGCACUUGGCCAGUGUACCAAAUGCUACUUACGAAACUCACACGCAAACGCCGCUGUCUAGCAAAGCAGCGUCCAUCUCUCUGGCCACCCCUAUGGAAUCGGCCGAUCCGCUGGCUAUGCAGGACUUUUCAGCACAACUGGAGAACUUUCCAAAGCCUUCGGAACUCAGUGCGCGGGUCCGCUCACGGGCACCGAAAGAUUUAUUAAUUCCUAACCCGCUCGCUCUCAAUCCGCCAACACCAAUGGCGGAGACUUUUCCCGACAGCUUUGACAGACACGACGACUUUGUGCGUCCGCCCAGACGGGAUUCAGCAAUGCCCGCUAGUCACAAAAUUGUUAAGAGAACUAUGACGCAAGGCUCUACACGGACAACACACACGAUCCAGGUGUAUCUUGGACAGGAUGACCUUGAGCUCUUUGAUCUGUACCGGAGGGGUUCAGAAGGUCUUAUUACUGAGCCAGUACCGGUCUCAUGACGUGGUACUCAUGUGUGGUGAAGACAGGACUGCUGGAUCGGUCUGUCUUCUGAAAUCAAUGGGAAGCACACAAGCCCUGCGGGUAUCAUGAGAAACGAAGGAAAUGAUCGCAUUGAUGGGAGGAGAUCCCGAUCAUUAAGAGUAAUCUUUACGCUCAAAUCUCGAGCACGGCGAUCUAGAGACAGAGCCUAUCUAGUGGAAUUUGUCGUGUACGCACGACUUAUCGUAUCCCAUCAUCGUGACUUGAGCACGGGAAAUUACCCGCUCACGAGCAAAAUAGAUCAGCAUAGCAUUUCAAUGAACUAAAACGCGCGAUAGAAAGCG